AUGUACGAUUCUUUCGCUAAUUAUCCUCAUAAUUGCUAUAAUAAAACUGAUGAUGAGACUGACAUUCCUGCAACUACUUUUCCCGGUGAAAAUUUGUUGGCUAAGGACCAUUUACAAGAACAAUUGCAACCAAUUCUAAUCAUUAGUGACCCCUCCGAAUGUAAUAAUAACUUGAGUCUUUUCAUGAAGUUAAUAGUGGAAAAUAUAUAUGAUCGAAAUGAGGAAAGUACCCAUAAUUAUCAAAAGUUAUCCUCUUAUGCACUUAAGUUGUUGACCCUGAAUCUAUUUAUCAAGAACUAUGAGUUAUGUCUCGGCAAAAUAUUGGGGUUGUUGGCAGCUUUAAGUCGGGAUACUUCAUGCACACUUAAUGAUGAUGUUAAUGAAGAUGUGAGGUUUGAAAUUGAGUCAUUGCGAGAGUUUAUUUGCAUUAUUUUACUUCUACUUUUGAAAUUGACUAAUAGCCCAGGAGAAAAUGGCGAAAGAUCCAAAAUAUUGGAUCUAAUUGACCGAAAUGAGUUGUAUAGUAUCUUAUCUGAACUUGGAAUUAUACGUAUAGUCGCAAAUGUUAUAACAAAUCAUAUUGUGACAACAAAUAAAUCUAAGUCUCCCUUCUUAUUAUUGAAGUUUGGAGGCGAUAUUAUAUUUGAAUACUUAUACAAUUGUGAACUAUUAUCUGAUGAAGAAUUUAACAGUUUGACUAGUGAGACAAAUUUAAUUCCUACUAUUAUUAAGCAUUUGUUAGCAAACGAUGAUUUUGACAACUACGAUACCGAUGCUGAUGACUGGGAAGGUGAAAAUAAACUUUUUGUAUACGAAGAGCUUAAGCUAUUGCUACUUAUCAAUGAACAGUAUUUGAUGAAAUCAUAUUCAUCUAAAGAAUCGAAAAAUAAAGUAUUUGAUGGUUUAAUGAUGGGAGAUGUUCAUCAAUCAAGUAAUAAGCAUAUUGAUGGUUUCAUCAAUUUAUUAAUUUAUUAUAUUAAUCGAGAAGAAUCUCAAAUUAUUAAAAUACUUAUAUUAAAAUUCUUAUACCUUGUAUUUACAACUUCCUACACUGCAAAAUUGUUUUACUUGAAUGAUCUAAAGAUUUUAUUGGACAUAAUUAUUCGUGAAUUAAAUGACUUAGACUAUAGUGGAAACCAUAACGGAAUAUUGAUUGUCACCUAUUUAAAAGUAUUAUACCCACUAUUGAUGUUUUCCCAGUUAAGUGAAUUACCUGGCGGUUACAAGAAUGAAGAUAUAUUAGAAAUCUUGAGAAACUUAGUCCUCAAUUCUGAGUCAGGUAAUCGUGCAGCAACUGAAAUUUCAGAAGCAAUUGAAGAGAGCCAAGCAGAUACUAUUGCAAAGCUCUCAUUACGAUGCAUGUCUAUACCUUGGCUAAGGAAGUCAAAAUUAAGCAAGAAAAGAAACCAGGAUAACCCAAAUAUAUCAAAUAACGUGUAUGGAAAGUUAUCUGCAGCCUCCUCUUCAUCUUCAUUGAAUUCAAAACUGAGUUUUGUUGGUAAGCGGUCUGAGUUGUAUGAGAAUUCGGAUGUCUCAAAUGAAUCGAUUGGUAAAGCCUUCACGCGAAUUGCAUCAGUUAGAACUUCAGGAAGGAGCGAUUAUCAUAAAUAUACACUAGUACAUAACGAAAAUGACCAAGUGGGCUCCAAUGGACUGAAGAGCUCUUAUGUUGAAAAUAACCAUAACGUUUUCUUAGAUAGUGAAUUUAAAUCGCUUUCAAUUAGUACGACAGAAGAUUUUGGUAAUUCACCUUGGGUUCCAAUAUCAGAUGAAUCGAAUUUGCUAGAUUUGCCGAAAGAGUAUUUAAAAGAUGAACCAACUCCUUCAUUGAAAAGACCAGAAUCUACAUCGUCAUCAAUUAAAUCAGAUUCUAGUCUAGCUCAAAAGGCAUCAAAAAAGAAGGCUCCACCACCGCCUCUUCCUCCGAAGUCCUUCCUGCCUAAGCCUAAUCACAUAAAUUUAGAAAAGAAAUCUCAAUCACAUACACCACCCCCACCACCGCCCCCAAGACGCAGGCGUUUGUUACAUUUAUGUGAACAAUAA